UCGUUUUGAAAAGACGAGUCUUAUGGUGGUAGUCUAAGACUGAGAUUCAAUCGGACGGAGAUGAAUCGACCGCAAAUAUGCUCGGCGAUCGUUGCUUGAGCCCACUCUCUAUGAUCGACGAAAACUUAAAUUGAAGUCUUUUCUACCUACAGCCAGAAAACAGUACACCAUCUUCCACCAAAGCUCCUCCCGCAAAAAUUCCAUUUUCUUCAGUUUCUCCAAUCUAAGAGUAAUGGUGAGAGGGAGGGAUGCCUGUUGGGAGCAUUGUGUGCUCAUUGACGCAGCUAGACAGAAGGUUAGAUGUAAUUAUUGUCAACGUGAGUUCAGUGGCGGAGUUUACAGGAUGAAGUUUCACCUAGCUCAGAUAAGAAACAAGGACAUAGUUCCAUGCACUGAAGUCCCAAAUGAUGUGCGUGACCAUAUACAAGGUAUAUUAAGCACCCACAAGAAGCAGAAAACUUUGAAAAGACAGAGGGUAGAGCAGGUGGUAAAUGGCCAACAAAAUAGUUCUUCUGCCAGUGGUGGUGCCCCUCCCAAUCGUGUAUCUAGUGAACAGAAUGGGAGUGUUUGCCCAUCUUUGUUAUUCCCUCAUGCUUCUCCUAGCCCACAAUCUGAGCCCGUGGUAUAUGAUGUUCAAAAUCAAAAGCAGGAACGUGCGGAUAAGAAGAUUGCCUUAUUCUUUUUCUAUAAUGCUAUCCCUUUCAGUGCUGCCGCUUCCACAUAUUAUCAGCAAAUGGUUGAUGCUAUCGCAGAAUGCAGAGUAGGUUAUAGAGCCCCCAGCUCUGAGAAGUUGAGAUAUAACCUUUUGGAAAAAGUUAAAGCCAAUGUAAUUGAUAUGCACAAAAGAUUAAGAGAUGAAUGGCAACAAACAGGUUGCACAAUUUUGUGCAAUUGCUGGUCUGAUGGCAGAACCAAGUCACUUGUAGUUUUUUCUGUCACAUGUCCUAAAGGAACAAUAUUUCUUCGGUCUAUUGAUGUAUCUGGUCAUAUUGAUGAUACUCAUUAUUUGUUUGGGUUGCUGGAGUCCAUUGUUUUAGAAGUUGGUGCCGAAAAUGUUGUUCAAGUGUUAACGGAUAGUGCUGAUAGUUAUGCCUAUGCAGGGAAGCUUCUUAUGGAUAAGUAUCCUUCAAUAUUCUGGUCUCCAUGUGCUUCAAAUUGUAUUACUAAGAUUUUGGAGGAUCUUAGUAAACUAGAAUGGAUUAGCACUGUCUUGAAAGAGGCAACUACAAUCACAAAAUAUCUAUACAGCAAUGAGUGGAUACUUAAUACAGUGCGGAAAUUUACUGGCGGAGUGGAGUUGAUCAGGCCAAAGAUUUCAAGAUAUGUUACUAAUUUUCUGUCUCUAAGAUUUCUUGUUUUUCAAGAGAACAACUUGAAACACAUGUUUUCACAUGCAGAGUGGUUGGCAUCUAGUGCCAGUAGACGCCCUGAUGCCCAACUUAUCAAGUCAAUGCUGAAUGCUGAACAAUUCUGGAGCUCUGCACGUGAAGCUGUCUGCGUGUUUGAACCGCUAAUGAAGGUCCUCAGGAUAGUACAAGGAGACAUGCCUGCUAUGGGCUAUUUAUAUGAAGGAAUGGAGAAGGCAAAAACUAGUAUUAAAGCAUAUUAUAAUGGUAUUGCAGAGAGGUACUUGCCAAUAUGGGAUAUAAUUGACAGGAGAUGGCUUCACUCCCCACUACAUGCAGCAGCAGCAUUUCUUAAUCCUUCCAUUUUCUAUGGCGUUAACUUUAAGGUUGAUUCUAGAAUAAGGAAUGGUUUUCAAGAGGCCAUGAUGAAAAUAGCAAUUGUGGAGACAGAUAAAGUCGAAAUAACCAAAGAACAUCCACUUUAUAUAAAUGCUCAUGGUGCUCUAGGAACUGAAUUUGCAACAAGGGGACGGACAUUAAAUGCCCCAGGUGAUUGGUGGGCUGCAUAUGGUUAUGAAAUUCCAACUUUGCAGAGAUUUGCAAUACGGAUACUAAGUCAGCCUUGUAGUUCCCAGUGGUGUAGGUGGAACUGGAGCAACUUUGAAAACUUACACAAUGCCUUGACCAAUCCCGUAUAUGCUUUUCUUCUGGGACAUAUUUAUGCAGGUGAUGAGGACAUGACGACUGAAUGGCAUUAUCAGGAGCUAAAGGGAGGAAAGCAGCUCAUGACCCUGAUACUGUCUUGAAGAUGCACUUACAAAAGUUUAGUAUGUGUUAUUUAUGCUGAAAUAAUUGCUAAGGUACGAUACUCUAGCCAUGCUUGCCUUAUUUGUUGCUUGUAGAUAUGUUCGGCUAUCUCGAAGUCACUGAUUUUACUCUAGGUCCUUGCACCCAGGAAUUCGAAAAACAAUAUUAAUUUGCUCAAUAGGUUUGAGCUGUUAGCUUACUUGAUUUCUCUUUUUACACCUUUUAUGUUUCUGUUUCUAUUUCAAAGUGAUAACGGAUUACUUGGUAAUGCAUUCUGCCGUUUGCUCCAUUGCCUGGAACCUUGCUUUAACUAAUGCUUAGAACUAAAUACAAAUCAUAUUGUCCUGCUGUCUCUUUGUAUGUUUGCAUUUUUUGGUGGAAUUAGUGUAGUUUCUCCUUGACUAUCUUCUUCAUUACUCUUCUUAGGGGUUGCAGUUGGUAAACCAAAUCAAACUGAAUCAAUUAUAGUUGACAAUUAUAUACCAUUACAUCAAAAUAUAUAUUCCAAGUAAUUUUAAACAAAAUUCUGUAUUUAAACAAAAAAUCAAUUGUGCAUGUCAUGUAUAUUCUAGUUCUUCUGUGACCUUGUCUUCUAUUUUCAAUAAAGAGCACUAUAAUUUUAUUGUCACUAGCUAUGAAUAACAAGUCGACUUCUAUUGCUGAAGAAUUCAAUUAUUUUAGAUGUUAAUUUGAAUUUUUUGAACAUGAAAAUGAGCAUGAUGUUGUUUCAUUGGAGGAGGAUAAGAAAUAAUUUUCCUCAAGUAUAUACAAGUGCUAGUACAGUCCUUCAAGAACCUGAAUUUGGAUUUCAAUAUUUAUGAUGUAUGGUUAAAGUUCCUUCAAGGUUUAUGUCAUUUUAAGACGAUAAUUGCAGCAUAUCUGAUUGUAAAAGUGAAAAAAAAUUAAGGGAUGUUAUUAUAAUGUGAUAAAAUGUUGUAGAAGGUGACCGCAAUUUUGCACAAAGUUCAACUGUGGUUUGUGUAACUUUUGAUAGUGUUAAGUAGGGAUGACAACAGGAUGGAUUUGCGUUAGGUUUAUGAAUCAAGUUGUCCUGCUCGCGUAGUUCCCCAGUCUGCCUCUGCCCCGUCGCCUCCUGCAGCCAAAACAAGAAUAUGGUGUGUCCGAUCAGUAAUGGAAGCAAGCUCCCAGUUUGACCCAGUCAUCUCCAGCUUGAA